UAUUUUCUAGAUAACAAAAGGUCUUUUAAGAACAUUAUUUUCUGCCAAGUUCCGACUGCCGAACGCAAGUGCGGAGUGUCAUCGGGGAAUCCUACAGCGAUCUUUUCGUUGUCGAAAUUCAAAAAUUACCUAGUAUUUCGGGCAAUUAUCCUUUUGGUCGUCGGAAAAUUCAAGUUUCGAGUGGAACUCAGAUAACUGCAAGGUUGAUUCCAACUUUUAGCCAUAGAGCUUUGAUUCAUCAUGAAGCUAGGGAUGGCAUCUCUAACCAAGCCCCUAACUAGUAUUUCAGUAAGUGCGGUUUGUCUUGUGCAUCAUCAGCGCUUGAAGUUAUGGAAAUCUCAGAAUCUACUUAAUACCGGCACUUUGCAUGCAAGUCGUAAGCACUUCACUAUUUACUGUGCAAAUACGUCUCCUUGGGAAUCUGCUCCAGUAACGUAUUCUCCUCAUAAUGAAGGAAAAUUACUUAAAGAGGCGACCAAUAUCUUUGAAACUUUGAGUUCUGGUGAGACAGCUGAAGCUUCGGUAGUCAAUGCUGAACAGGUCACAGUUGCAAGCAAUCAGUCACCUGUGCAGCUCCAGUACCUUAAAUGGCCUAUAUGGGUUCUUGGCCCUACCCUUCUCCUAGCCACGGGCAUAGUGCCCACAUUGUGGUUGCCACUUUCUUCAAUUUUCCUUGGUCCGAAUAUAGCCAGCCUUCUUUCUUUGGUUGGACUUGACUGCAUUUUUAAUCUCGGCGCAUCUCUCUUUCUCCUUAUGGCUGAUUCUUGUGCAAGUCCAAAAAACAGUACUCAAAGGUUCAGUAGCAAGCCUCCUUCCAGUUAUCAGCUUUGGAACAUGGUUGCAAACGUACUCGGAUACAUUAUUCCUUUGACAAUGCUCUUGGGUUCUCAUAAGGGUUUUCUUCGGCCUCAGUUACCUUUCAUUUCAUUUGCAGUUAUAUUAGGUCCUUAUCUUCUGCUUCUCACAGUACAGAUACUCACCGAGAUGCUAACCUGGCACUGGCAGUCACCAGUAUGGUUAGUUACUCCGGUUGUCUAUGAAGCAUAUCGUUUGUUGCAACUGAUGCGGGGGCUGAAGCUUGGCGUUGAGCUCGUGGCACCAUCAUGGAUGAUGCAUACUAUUAGGAGCUUGGUGUGCUGUUGGGUGCUGGUUCUUGGAAUGCAGCUCAUGAGGGUCGUCUGGUACACAGGUUUUACUGCUCGUACUUACAAUCAAGAGUCGACUGCAUCUGUUGAUGGUAAUUGAUUCUUGCUGAUGAAGCUGUCACUGGACUCAUGUACAAAAUCUAUGCUUAGUAGUUACCGGACCCUGUGGCUGGUAUUGAUGAUUGGCUCUGCAAACUCGCUCGUGGCUGAGCGGUCAGCCUCGGUGGAGUUACAUAAACCCUUUUUCGAAGCUUUAAUCGUCUCAUGUGGCCAUCCAGUAUUUGCUAAAGUUGGCCGCGGUAUAGAGUAUGUGCUUAUAAGCUGUAGAUUUUACAGAAUAUGUGAAAAAUAAAUUAGGAGUGACUAGUUUGAUCAAUUUAAAUAAAAGCUUUGCCAAACA